AUGCUUCUUCACAUAUCUGCGACUGUGCCUUCUCCUGAGCCUUUUGCCUGCGCCGGUAAGAAGAAGAAGAAGAAGAAGAAGAAGAAGAAGAAGAAGAAGAAGAAGAAGAAGAAGAAGAAGAAGAAGAAGAAGAAGAAGAAGAAGAAGAAGAAGAAGAAGAAGAAGAAGAAGAAGAAGAAGAAGAAGAAGAAGAAGAAGAAGAAAAAGAAAAAGAAAAAGAAAAAGAAAAAGAAAAAGAAAAUGAAAAUGAAAAUGAAAAUGAAAAUGAAAAUGAAAAUGAAUAAGGACUUAGUAAGCCCUUAA